AUGACAACCGUUGGAUGCAUGGUCUACUUCACCCAACUGUCGCAGCAGACUUGGCACUGGAGCUUGGUGCUGAGCUCAUGGGCUCUUGCAGGGCUGAUGGCGGUCGUGUGCGUGCUGUCACUGGGGAGCAGCCGGAUUGUGAAUCUCUUGGACGACAGGAAUGGGCUCCAUUUAAGCACACUUUCGACUGCCAUCCUUUCCGUGCUCGCCUUCCAGUUCAUGCCACACUGGUCCGUUGCGACGAUCACAGUGACAUUCGCUGGUUUGCUAUCCAUCCUGACCGCAAGCAGUGUUGUCAAGAACUAUGCGUAUGCGCUGACGUCGAAGAUCGUGGCACCGCAAGUGAAGAAUCGAGCCGCAUCGUGGCUCAUGCUGGCGCUGACCUUGGGUCGAGGCGCUUCGGAUUGGCUGGCCUUCGACAUGGUGGCGACGCUUGUUGCCGGACCCGGUGUAGGGCGGAUCGGCGUAGGCUUCCUCAACCUGCCGCCGGUGCCUUUGGUGGUGAAGAGAGUCACCAGAGGCUCCUGGGCGGAGAAGCAAGGCAUCCGCUGUGGCGACGAAUUCAUGUCCGUGGACCAUCGGAGGUCUCGUGCCUUCACAUCCUCGGAGUUUGUGCAAGCGAUGAAGAAGCGGCCUUUGGUGAUCAAGCUGAGACGGACGGUGCGCAAGGAGGGAGCCGAGGUCCCCGUCCUGCCACAGUUGGCCAGCUUCGGCGCAGAGGCGCCGGAUGCCCAGAGCACGGACCAGGAGGAGGAGGAGGAAGAAGAGGAGGAUGAAGAAGAAGACGAAGCAGAAGAUAUGUGUCCAGAGAAAGCUCAAGAGGUGGCCGAGAAGCUCGCCAAAGAGGUAGAGGCCAAUGCGAAGAGGGACGCGGAACGGCGGAGUCUCUCGAAGCCUGGUGGGGCCCUCCGGGGAUCCGAGGAGACGGCGCCUCCCUCCAGGCGCUACCGGCUCAGUGCCCCGGGAGUCGGGGAGCAGCUGCCCAAAGAGAUGGAGAAGCGGCUCUCUCUGCCAUCUUUCCAAGACGAUCGCUUGGGAGACGCUUCCUGGCCCAAGUUCCGUGGGGUACCUCGACAAGAGGGGGAGACAGACCCACCCGACGAGGAGGCGGCCCAGCAGGAACGGAGUUCCAAGGACAGUCGAAGUGAGCAGGAGGAGGAAGGCAACAUGAGCUGCAGUACCGCGGUCAUCGACUCAAGUGCGAGCAUCGAGUCCACCCCCACGAUGGAUGCAGCCCAGAGCCCUAGCCGGGACAUGGAGCAGAAGGAGACGGAGGACGAGUUCUUCUGA